AUGCAGCCCAUCAUUGCGACCAAGGGCAAAGUAACCCAAUUGAGGUACGAGCUGUCUCAGCGCGCGCACGCCAGCACGAUAUACCCCGUCAAGGCGCCAAAUGGCUCUACCAUCGUUCUAUGCGGCAGCGAGAACGGCCUCGCCAUACUUUGGAGAGGCGGACGCCCGCUGAAGCAAUCUGUGCCUGCCCCUAAAGCUCCCGCGAAAGCUCCGCCGAAAGUCAAUGGUACCAAGGAUGCCAUUAUGAUCAUAGACUCAGGCGAUGACGAACCCGCAAAAGUGACCCCACAACCGCUCCUCAACGCAGAGUUCGAGGAAGAGGAGGAAGAACUCGAUCCGGGUCGUCCCUACCCUUCGAUUAUCCAGCACCUGCGACUGCCCCUCAACACCGAAGUUCUACACAUCGCCGUUCCACAAGUACCGGCGCCCUCGGAGCUGCAACCGGGCCAGGCCAUACCUCCCAUCUUCAAGGAGAAAAUCGUCUUUGCAGUAGCAUGCACCGACUUCACUGUGCGCAUCAUAACCUUACCGUUGAGUCCACCACCGGACGCAGCUAAGGAGCGACCGUCUACCGGCAAACCCUUGUUCGGUGAAGAGGUAGUCAAGAUUCCUACAUAUGCCGGCCACCAAACUAUUCCGAGCGGUGUGAGCGUAACGUGGACGUCCAAAGCUGAACAAAGUCAUGGAGAGCCAUUGGAGGACGAGAUGGAAGUCGACGACAAUAGCGCUACUGCUCCAAGUCGACGAAGUCCCCGGAAGAAACAAGCCCCAUCGCGACCUGCAACAGGAAAGGAUCCGAAAGGAUUCGAUUUACUCGUUGCAUCACAUUCGGCAGAACUAGGUGGUCUCUUGAAAAUCUGGCGAUUCAGCCUUACCGAGUCGUCAGUGAAAACUACAAAUCCUAUCUCCGCGUAUCAGACCGUUAUUCUCCCCAAACCGGCUGCGAAAAUUGCGUUCAAUACGGCACCAUACCCGAAGAAACGCCACUCUCAGCUUCUCGUCGCGGAUUCAGCCGGUGUUGCGCGUAUCUACGACCCAUUUGCAACUCGCAAACGUAACAACGCUUCUGGUGCGUUUGUUGCACUGUUCAGAACGCGGUUCGAGAACAUCAGAUCUAGUGCCCCAUCUGCGCCCACACUUGCUUCAAGGAAAGCAAUCCUCGACGCUUCUUGGGUGUCCGAAGGUCACAGCAUUCUUGCUUUGCUUGCUGAUGGGGAAUGGGGCAUAUGGGACGUGAAGGAAGACGAUUCGAAAUCUUCUGGAGACCCAUCUGCGUUUUCUUUAAGACAUUUCGUUGGCACCUCAGAAGCCGACAAAUCUAGCAGCGGGGCCUCCAGUCCCAAGUCACGCAGCGGCCGCAGUUCUCUCAUGCCAAUGACACCUAACACGCGCCGCAGGACGCAGGAAGUGCUUUUCCAAGGAAACCCAUCCAGCGCGAUACCUACACGAGGCGGCGUAUCGCUUGCUUCUCUCGCUUUCAGCAACGGUGACCCGGCACUAGAAUCAGUCGUUAUCUGGUAUGGUAAAGAUUUAUAUCGGCUUACCGACCUUGCUAAAUACAGGGCACGAGCUGCUUCGAAUAUCGCGGGUAAUUCACUGCCUGGACCUGGCUUGACACAGGUGCACGACGUACCCUUACUAGGGGGGUCCAUUACGUCUGUCAGCCAGUUUGAUAUUACUAAGAGAGAGGCUCGUAUGGCUGUCUCGAGGGAUUUGCUCAUUUCAGCUGAGUAUCGCCUAAUCAUCUCGACAUCAACCAACCAACCACCUGAUCGAGAUGCCAUGACAACUUCUUCGAAAGAAGAUGGGGAAGAGGAGGAUACUAGGCGCACCGACCAAGCGCUAUUGGCUCGAGGUGAGCUUGGUCUUGAGGGAAUGUCUAGACUAUUGGACAACAUGAGUGGGAGCGGGUCGCACAACGCUUUGACGUUGGGCAACCCACGCAAGGUCUUGUUCCAAGAUGUUGUUUGA